UCAUGCACACGACUCCUUUGCUUCUCCUUCAUUUAACUCGUGAACUGGCAUAUGAAUCCAAACACGACUCUCUCUCUCUCUCCAAAGCUUCCCUCUUUUUUCUUCUCUUAUUGAUUGCUCCAAACCCGAUGCUCUUUAUUUAAAUUCCCACACUUUGCACCAAUAAAUCAGAAAAAAGAGUUAGGAAUCAGUGAUGGAGAGAAGGAGGCAGGAAUUGCAUGUGCUUGGUAACCAAAACCAAACAAAGCCUUAAGAAGUUCAUUUUUGGGAUGAUGUGUUCUUCUCACAGACAACACCAAAAUCCAAAACUGUUCAUUUUUUUCGUGAUCUCUUUACUUUUCUGAACGCCACACAGAUCCAAAUCCAAUGGCAGAGCUGCUACUAAUCACAUGCAUCUCACUACUUUUCCUCAUUCAAUACCAAAACUGGCAGAAAAAGAUAUAAUUUUGAGGAGGCAAUUCUGUUCAUCCCCACAGUUUCAGUUUCAGUUUCAGUUUCAGUUUUUUUUUUGUGUGUUGUUUUGUGAGUCUGUGUAACAAACAAUUACAAGUACAGAAGAAACAUUCCGAGUACGCUACCAAGUUAGGCUUAUUCAGUGUUAGAACUUAGAACCAGGAAAAAAAAAAAGGACCUUUGCACCUUGCACUUUGCGGGUGUUUUUGGAAAUAUCAACCUGCAUCUGUCAGAGUGGUUUUGUUAUUUUUUAGUGCCAUCACUCUCUAUUAGCCAUUUUGGGAGUUAAUUUUCCUUGUGGGAUCAUUUUGAUUUCACUUAUGCUGCUGAGGAACAGAUCAAGGGCAGUGACAAAGCCAGGUUUGAUGGCUGAUCACAGCACCCAGAAUUCUUCUCCCAAUCAAAACUAUGCUAAAACCAUUAUACCCUCUCUAUUUGGGUCACCAAAAUUCAGAGAUUUCACCAACAAGUGUCUCUCUUCAGGAACUGAGGCCUUAAGGAGCCCAACUUCAAUUCUUGAUGCCAGAGCAUUAUCCCCUUUUGCCUUUGGAAGCCCAUUCUCAACCCUUCCAAACAAAAGCUCCUCACAAAACAGAACCUGGGACAAACCUGAUUCAAAAGGGGGCAUUGGUCUUGCUCUUGUUGGUGCUCUCAAAGAUGAAGAUACCUCAAUUAGUCACAAUUCUGAACCCAACAAAGGAAAUGUUUUGCUUAGAGUGAAAAUCCCGUUUGAGUCUCAAUUUCAAACAUGUGUAGAUGAUUUUGGAACCACCAAAACCAAUAAUGGUUCAAAGAACUCAUCAGGGUCAGGAAUUUGUGCAAAGGAUUGUUGUGAUUCUCCAAGAAGUGGUGGCGUUCUGUCUUGGAGUGAGAUGGAGCUUUCUGAAGAAUAUACAUGUGUGAUAUCCCAUGGACCUAACCCAAAAGCCACACACAUAUUCAACAAUUGCAUUGUGGUGGAGACCUAUUGUUCUCUCCCCCAAAAACAUAACUCUCAUCACUCUGCUGCUACCUCCGGGAAUUUCCUCAGCUUCUGCUACACUUGCAAGAAACAUCUUGACCAGACAAAGGACAUCUUUAUUUAUAGAGGAGAGAAAGCUUUCUGUAGCAGGGAAUGCCGCCACAGAGAAAUGAUGUUAGAUGGGAUAGAAAAUCUAGAGUUUGAAAAUUGAAUGCAAUGGUUAUUCUUGACUAGAUCACUUUGCAUGCACCGUGGCUGCAAAGUCCUGCAUUUUGAGGAGAGGAUAAUAACCAGAAAAAGCACAAAGUCAAAUCCAAAUUUUCCAUUCAUAUAAUGAUUCUAUUAUAUGACUAGUUGGUAGCAGUAGUAACUAGUUUACUAGUUAGUAUUUUCAUUGUAAUCAGUAUAAGGUCCUUUUUCUCAUUCCAUUUUGAUGAAGUCUUUUGCUUUAUUUUAUUUUUAUUUUUUUUGCAUCCUCUCCCUUGCAAAUAGAGAUAAGAGGGGAUGCUGUAGAGUUGGUUCUAAGUGAUGACUAAAAUUUGAUUGCUUCUUCUGGUUUUGCUACCAUUGUUUUCGGGUGAAGCAGAUGAUUGAUGAUGUGAUUGAAAACAGUGCCUUUCUUCUUUUUCUU